CCGGAUUGUUUGUGCGUAAGUAGGUUUCUUGAUUUCAGCGUACAGGCUUUGAGUAGCAAAUCCACGCAAGUCUUUGCACUUGAGUGCCCGGUUCAGUUUCGGUCUCAGGAGUAGGGGAGGAGGCCGGGGUAGAAAGGCGGAUCCUGUGGAGGGAAGCAUUAGGAGUGCUUGACGGGAUGUGGGACGAGCGGAGGCGGCUGCGGCACACCUGGGAAUUUACAGGAACAAGCAACGGUGUCUUCACUUUUCCACCACAAAACUCCCAAAACCAGGACAUGCACUAACUUUCAGGCACAUUCGGCUGGAAAAUGUACACGACGGAGCGCAGGCGGAUGAGCCUGCGUGACGGGAGGAGGAAGGAUCCCGUGUGGGUGUCCGCUGGAAGUUUGUGGCAGGACUCUUCGGUGCUGGAGCUGACCGCCAGCAGCGGCGGGUCGGGCAAGCAGCUCGUAUCCCCGCGCAGUCGGAGCAGAGCGGUGUCCGUGGCUUAUAUUGUCAGCGAGGACGCGUCUGUGCCGCAGACAGAGGAGAACCUGUCGCUGAAGUGUUUGAAGGAAGCCUGCGCAGACGCGCACGCCUCUUUCAGAACAAUUUCAUUUGGUAAAAUUUCAGUGGGAACCACAGACAUCCUGGAUAAUUUCUACAAUACAGAUGUAGCAGUCGUGGAGAUGAGCGACUCUUUCUGCCAGCCUUCUCUUUUCUACCACCUGGCAGUGAGAGAGAGCUUCAGCAUGACUAAUAACAUCAUCCUGUAUUGUUACAAGCAGGACAGUGAUCUGCAGGCUCUGAAGGAACAGUGUGGGAGUUACACCUUCAUCCCGUACGUGGUGUCACCUCAGGGCAAAGUGUUCGCCUGUGAUGCCACCAUGAUGACCUGCAUCAAGGAGCUGAUGCAGCCCAGUUUGCAGCUGGAGCCCCUUCUAACCCCGCUGGUGGAGAGGCUGGUGCACCUGUUGAACAAUGUGCACAUUCAGUCCAGUGAGUACUUCCGGGAGUCACUGAGGCAAGAGAUCCGCUUGGCACGGGAGCGAUUCAGUGGAAGAGCUCUGAGCGAGGAGCUGAGUUGCAUCCAGAGUCGCCUGGAUAGCGUAGAUCUGCUCACGCCGGAUAUAGUCAUGAACUUUUUGUUGUCCUACAGAGAUGUUCAGGAUUAUGAUGCCAUGAUCAAACUGGUGGAGACUCUGAACAACCUGCCGAUGUGUCAGGCAGCAAGGCAUCAGAAUAUCAAGUUUCAUUACAUCUUUGCUCUGAACAGGAGGAAUCAUCCCGGUGAUCGAGCAAAGGCUCUGAAAUUAAUCUUGCCCAUUGUGGAGUCGGGGGACAAAGUGGCAUCAGACGUCUACUGCCUGUGUGGACGGAUCUACAAAGACACGUUCAUGAGCUCUGGCUUCACUGACGUAUCCAGCAGAGACCAGGCCUGUUAUUGGUAUGGAAAAGCUUUCGAAGCAGAGCCAACCUUCCACUCGGGGAUCAACAGUCUGGUCCUUCUGACGGCAGCUGGACAUGAAUUUGAAACCUCCAUUGAGCUGCGCAAAAUAGGUGUUACCAUAAGCACGCUGCUCGGCAGAAAGGGCAGUUUGGAGAAGAUGACAGAAUACUGGGAUGUAGGAUUCUACCUCGGAGCAAACAUCCUCGCUAAAGAGUUCAGGAAAGUCAUAGAAGCUUCUGAAAAGCUCUACAGACUCAAGGCUCCUGUUUGGUAUUUGGCAUCCAUUAUGGAGACGUACAUCCUGUACCUCCAGUUUGCCAAGCCUCCUGAGGUGAGGUCUCCCAAAGAGGAUACGGUGGACUUCUGGAUGGAGUUGCUCCUGCAAUCCUGUAAACCCACCGUCUCGACAAAUCGCUGCCCAGUGCUCAUUCUGGAGCCCAGUAAAGUCUUCCAGCCGUCUAUUGUGAGUGUGAGCGAAGAGGACGAGAGUCGCACUGUUCAACUGAAACACGUCACACCUUUGAAGAAAGGCUUACACCAGUGGACUUUCCCAGCAACUAAAAUCCGAGGAGUGAGUGCAUCAAAGAAUGAUGAGCGUAGCUGCUUCCUGUAUGUACACUACAACUCUGAUGACUUCCAGCUUUGUUUUCCAUCAGAGAUCCACUGCAAGGGUUUCUGCGAGUUGGUGAACUCUUUGCUUCACCAGGCUGAAAACCCCACACACGACCCCCAACUUCUAACGCAGGAGAUACUUGAGUUCAUCUACGAGACCAAUGAAAAUGGCGACAGAGAGGUUCUUGGGAAAGGGACGUAUGGUGUGGUGUACGCUGGUAGAGACCUCAGCAACCAAGUCCGCAUUGCCAUCAAAGAGAUUCCUGAAAAGGACAGCACGUACUCGCAGCCGCUCCAUGAGGAAAUAGCUCUACAUAAAAGGCUCAAACACAGGAAUAUUGUCCAGUAUCUCGGCUCCAUCAGUCAGGACGGUUUCAUCAAAAUCUUUAUGGAAGAAGUCCCAGGAGGAAGUUUAUCUUCUCUCUUGCGCUCCAAGUGGGGUCCUCUGAAGGACAAUGAAGCUACCAUCAUUUUCUACACCAAACAGAUCUUGGAGGGACUGAAGUACCUUCAUGACAACGAGAUUGUCCACAGAGACAUUAAGGGCGACAACGUGCUCAUCAACACCUACAGCGGCGUCCUGAAGAUCUCUGAUUUUGGGACGUCCAAGCGGUUAGCAGGGAUCAACCCCUGCACUGAAACCUUUACAGGAACACUUCAGUACAUGGCUCCAGAGAUUAUAGACCAAGGGCCUCGAGGUUAUGGGAAGCCUGCUGAUAUUUGGUCCCUAGGGUGUACUAUCAUAGAAAUGGCAACAGGCAAACCUCCUUUUCAUGAGCUGGGAAGUCCUCAGGCAGCCAUGUUUAAGGUGGGCAUGUUUAAAAUCCACCCGACGGUUCCAGAGAACAUGUCAAAUGAGGCCAAGGACUUCAUCAUGAGCUGCUUCGUGCCAGACCCGGACGACAGAGCCACGGCUACAGAGCUGCUGAAUGACUGCUUCCUCAAGUCAUCCUCCAGGAAGAGGAUCAUACCCCCAAAGGUCUCAGACUCGAAAGAUUCAAGUCAUUCUACUGAUUAUUAUCGCAGUUUAUCAGUGCCCAUCUCCAUCCUGGUGGAGGACACUGAUUCGGACACAGGCUCGGUUGACCUGGCGUCUUCUCUGGACAUGAGGAAGCACUUGUCCCCCCUCAGAGUGACAGCGAUCUCAGAGAGUCCGCCCUGCACCAGUGGCUUUCUGUCAACACCAUAUGACUCUUCAUCAGACAUGUCCAGUCCAGCCUCUUCGGAGGAGAACAUCGGCCUCUUUUUGCUGCGAAAGGACAGUGAGAGGAGAGCGACGCUCCACAGAGUCCUCACCGACUACAUAAGUUAUGUUGUCACUUAUUUACAGGAGUCAAUACUGCAGUUGGAUGAGGGAUCAACACUUAGUGAAGACCACAUCAUCACACUUAUCGCCUGCCUCCGUCAAAACAUCCGCUCACCAGACAGAAAGCAGCUCGCCACCAGCCUUCUGGAGCUUCGCUCAACUCUGUUAGCAGCAGCAAUACCUCUGAACAGCCUGCAGACGGUGCUCUUUAACUUUCAGGAUGCAGUGAAGAAGGUGUUGAAGCAACAACAGGUGAAACCUCACUGGAUGUUUGCUCUGGACAAUCUGCUGAGACAGGCUGUGCAGGACGCCAUCACUGUCCUGCUCCCAGAGCUGAAACUCCAUCUGCAGUUGUCGUUUGAGACCGAGGACAGCAUCCCCGAGGAGCAGUCUGUCGACCCAGACACUCCUGUAGCUCUUGUCCCCGACCAGCCGAUGGCGCCAGUAGACAAUCGGCAGGCAGAAACCGGGAAUGAGAAUGGGACAUCAGCCAGGCUCGGCCCCCCAGAUAAGGUCUUAUUCGACAGGAACUGUACGCUCAGCGAGAAACUGAAAGACAUGAGAGUAGAGACCAGGAGACUGCUGACUGAGCUGAGUGAGAAGGAGAGAGAGUACCAGGAGCUGCUGAGGGCCUCUGUCCUGAAGAAAAAGGAGCAGAUAGAUGAGCUGAGGAAAACGUUCAUCAUCGAAGAAAGCGAGUUGAAUUCAACUAAACUCUCUAAUGCAGAGACUAAAAGUUUGGUUUGCUGGCUCCAAUCUGUCCCUGUGAAUCAAGACACCAUCAAUAAGCUACUUGCUCAUGAGUUCACCUUGGACUGUCUCCUCCACAUGGCCUCCAGAGAUGACUUAGUGUACUGUGGAUUAAGAGGUGCAAUGAUGUGUCGACUCUGGACGGUCAUCACAGAUCGAAGGAAGACUCCUCUGAACACGAGUGUCAAGGACAGUGAGGACACUCGGCUUUAAUUGCUGCUGAUGUUAAGAAUCAAAGGACAGUUUUCCUGACAGGCUGGCCCUGUGUGACCGGGAGUUACAAGCUGCUGAUGUAGACAGAUUUUAGUUACUGUGAAUUUAUCUUGUAAAUGCACUGAUAAUGUGUCUUUGUGCCUGUUAGCAGAAUCUAAUAUUCUCCUAUGUUUUAUACAUUCUCUCAGGGCUUUGGUAUAAGGGAUUUAUUUUGAAGAAAAUGUAGCCUAGAGGAGCAUUAAUGUGUAGGGAAACAGACAAACUUAUUUUUUAACUUUUUCAGACACAUUUUACAGUUUUCCAGAAGCUAGCUUAAGUUAUUAACACUUUCAGGACAAAUGCUCUUUAUUUGUAUUUAACAGGAUAUAAAAAUAAAAUUGGA